GAGGUGGAGGAGGAGAAGCGGCGCGUGCGCACGCUGACGCAGAACAUCGACGAGAACGGGCGCCGCCUGCUGCUGCUGGCCUCCCAGCUGGGGCAGGCGGUAGAGGAGCCGGACGAGAACCUGUCGCUGCUGGAGCUGGACCGCGUGCUGCUGGCCCGGCUGCAGCAGCUGCAGGCUCGCCGUGACGAGGUGGUGGCGACCAUGAAGCUGCUCCGGGAGGAGGAGGCGGCGCUGUGCACGCAGCUGGAGAUGCCGCCGCUGUCGCUGACGGCCGAGAUCCCGCAGGAGGCCGACUUCCGCGAGGUGCGCGAGCACGUGCGCAUGCUGGAGGGCGAGCGACAGCGGCGCGCCGGCGCGCUGCAGGCGCUGCGCCAGCGCAUGUACCCGCUGCUGGAGGCGCUGGAGCGCUCGGCCGAGGGCGAGCUGGAGUCGCAGGCGGUCUGGGCUGCCGACGGCGAGUUCCCGCUGAGCGAGGCCAACCUGGCGUCGCUGGAGGCCUGGCUGCAGCGGCUCGAGGCCGAGGAGGCGGCCAACAAGACGGAGGCCGAGACGCUGCGCGCCCGGCUCGGCCGGCUCUGGGCGCGGCUCGAGGUGCCGGAGGAGCGGCGCACCAGCGUGCUGGCCAGCUGCACCGGCCACAAGCCCAGCACCCUGCGCGUGCUGCGCGAUGAGGUGGCGCGCCACGAGGAGCUCAAGCGCCAGAACGUGGAGAAGUUCGUGCGCGCCCUACGCACGGAGAUCGCCGAGCUGUGGGAGCGCUGCUACUACUCGGAGAGCCAGCGGGCCGCCUUCACCGCGUUCACGGCUAAAACGUUCACCGAGACACUGCUGGAGCAGCAUGAGGAGGAACUGGAGCGCGUGCGGCGCUACUACGAUACCAACCGCGUGCUCAUCAAGGACGUGGACGAGCAUCAGAAGCUGUGGAAGAAGAUGCUGGAGCUGGAGGAGCGGGCCAACGACCCGGCACGGUACUCGAACCGGGGCGGUCAGCUGCUGCUGGAGGAGAAGGAGAGGAAGAAGAUCGCCCGCCGCCUGCCCAAGGUGGAGAGCGACCUCCAGCAGCUCAUACAGAGAUGGGAGUGUCAGCACAACACGACGUUUCUGGUGCACGGUCACGACUUCGCCGCGUACAUCGAGCAGCAGAAGCUGGACCACCAGGAGCGCAAGGAGCAAGAGCGUGUCGAGCGCGCCUCCAAGAAGGCCAACCAGCUGGAGCAUGAGACGAUGUUCGGGGCGCGCCCGGUGACGCCGGCCAAGCGCCGUCAGGGCGGCGGCGGCUCGCCCUCCAAGCAGCGCCGGCUGGAGUCGACCCGGCUGGGCUCGCGGCUGCGCGCGCCCUCGCCCGGCCUCGGCCGCACCGCGCGCACCCCGCUCUCGCUCUUCAACCCGGCCGCCGCGGCCAACAGGAACGCCUCGAUGGCCCGCACGGCGCCGGGCAAGCUCAGCGCUCGCAACGUCAGCCUCGCCUCCGACAUGUCGUACGCCGAGUUCACGCGCGGCUUGCAGCGGCUGCAGGCGACUGGUCCGGCCCUGCUGGCCAUGACGGCUGCACGCGCCAUGUGA